UUAUAUAUAAGAUCAUCCCCUCCGAUCCAGAACAAAUCAUCAAUCAUCACAGUCUUCACUCCCAUUUUUUCAAAACAUUCAACAAUGUCGUAUUUUUCAAGGGGACGUCGCGACGACGACGACACGGUGGACGACUACGACGAGUACGACCCCACCCCAUACGGCGGCGGCUACGACAUUCACCUCACCUACGGCCGCCCCGUCUCUCCUUCAGAAGAAACCUGCUACCCACUCGGAGCCUCUUCCGAUGAAAACUUCGAUUACGAUCGCCCCCAGUACACCUCUUACGCUGAACCCUCUGCUUAUGGCGAUGAAGCCCUGGCCACUGAGUAUAGCAGUUACUCUCGCCCUAAGCCCAGGCCCGCUCCUGCAGGCUUCAAUCCCGCCGCCGGAUCCGGGUAUGGUAGGAAGCAGGAGUCGGAAUACGGAUCCGGGUAUGGAAGGAAGGAAGAAGGAGAAUACGGGUCAGGAUAUGGUGGAAGAAAGGAGGAAUCAGAAUACGGAUCCGGGUAUGGAAGGAAGGAAGAAGGUGAAUAUGGGUCCGGGUAUGGUGGGAGAAAGGAGGAUUCUGAAUAUGGAUCCGGGUAUGGUAGAAAACAAGAAGAUGAAUUUGGGUCCGGGUAUGGUGGAAGGAAGGAGGAGUCUGAAUAUGGAUCUGGGUAUGGUGGGAGAAAGCAAGAAUCUGAAUAUGGAUCCGGGUAUGGUGGAAGGAAGGAAGAGUCUGAAUAUGGGUCAGGAUAUGGAGGAAGGAAGGAGGAAUCAGAAUAUGGAUCAGGGUAUGAUGGGAGAAAGGAGGAGAGUGAAUAUGGAUCCGGGUAUGGUGGAAGGAAGCAAGAAUCUGAAUAUGGAUCCGGGUAUGGUGGAAGGAAGCAAGAAUCUGAAUAUGGAUCCGGGUAUGGAGGGAGGAGUGAGUAUGAGGAGAAACCGAGCUAUGGGAGGAGCAACUAUGAAAGCCAGGGAGGAGGAGGAGGGGUUGAGUAUGGUUAUGAGGGGCGUCCACCUCGGCAGGAGGAGGAGGAGGAGGAGGGGUACCGCAAGCCCUCCUAUCAGAGGAAGGAUGAUGAUGAUGAGGAAGGCUAUGGACGCAAGAAAUAUGGAGAUGACUCAGAUGAUGAUGAUGGGAGGAAGAAGCAUCACCACAAGCAUCACCAGUACAAGAGUUAUGAUGAUGAGUAAUCAAAAUGCCAGUGCUUGCUGUGUGAAUCAAAAUCAUCCCAUAAUUACCUACUAAAUAAAGGGUUGACGCAUUAUACCUUCCAGUGUGUUUAGACUACUAUAUCUGUGAAGUCUUGAGCUUUAUGAAUUGUUUGUCUAAACUUAAUGUGAGGUCUUUGGCUUUGGAGUUUUAAUAGUAUCCGUUGUGUUUGAGUUUUUUAAAUUAUUUCUUUCUAAGUUUGAAUGA